CCCUAGUUAGCUGUACCUGUGAGGUCGAACUACUUGGAGCACAUUGAACAUUGUUGAUUGGGUAGAACUGAUUGUUCUGGCGGUAGGAUGUCUUCUACGGGGUCCAAGGACGCAACGAGCCGCCAGAGUCCGGUAGUUUCGUAUUGAGAGCUAUUUAACCUAAUUUGGUAAAGAACAGAAUAUUGGCUAUCUAUCGUUGUGCAAGGUGUCUGUCCGUUGACAACCAAACUUUGAAUUGUCUUACAACGAUAAGGCUUGACGCUGCCCGAAUCGCCGAAAGUCCUUGAACUAUUCAAUUGAUGAGUGUACAGAGUUACUCCGUACACCUUCUCUCAUACCGAUAUAUUUGCGUGAGGGAUAAUUGUACCGCGCAACCAGAAAUAAAUAAGCAGAAUGGCGCCAUCAUCAAGAAAUUGUUUCCGUCAACUCUUCAUGACAAAUCACUCAAGUCGAAGGGAUAAUGGUGGCAGUGAACAGGAAGCCAAAUCCGACGAAAAGUUAGUCCAACCUGCCCAGAAGUAUGUAUUUGCACACGUUGUGAUGGGCAAUACUGCUCACCAUACCACCGACGACUGGGCAACCGAUAUAAAAACUGCUCAGGCUGCAGGCAUCGACGCUUUUACACUCAACAUUGCCACUGGUGACUCAAACAUCCCAACACAGGUGGAAAAUGCCUUCAAUGCUGCUACAAAUCUCGGCAGUAGUUUCAAACUAUUCUUCUCUUUCGAUUAUCUUGGUGGAAGCGGACCCUGGCCGGCUACAGGCUCGUCCUCGGUUGCAUCAUAUCUCAACAAAUAUGGGGUAAGUUCUGCAUACUUCAAGUACAACGGACAAAUUUUUGUAUCCACUUUUGAGGGAGUGAACAACGCCGGAGAUUGGACUCCUAAUGGUCCCAUCCGGAGCGCUGUUCAAAGUACUGCUGGUUCCAUCUACUUUGUUCCCGAUUACACGAGCCUGGGCCCUGAUGGAUUCAGCGCACAACUCAACAAUGUUCAGGGUGGUUUUAGUUGGGAUAUGUGGCCAGCUGGACCAGUAAACAUGACGACUGCAAACGACCUUGCUUGGAAAAAUACUUUGGGUAGCAAGUCUUACAUGAUGGGUGUCUCCCCUUGGUUCUUCCACAGCGAUGCAAACCCAAUUGCAUGGAUGUGGAGAGGUGACAAUCUUUGGUCCGAACGCUGGCAACAAGUUCUCGAAGUUCAGCCUCAAUUCGUCGAAAUUGUAACAUGGAACGAUUGGGGAGAGUCUUCAUACAUAGCGCCUCUGUUACAUGACGAGGAGGUGCCUGCAAACUCCCUCAAAUACGUCAAAAACAUGCCACAUUCUAACCUUCUCACUCUCUUGCCAUACUACAUCUCUCAGUAUAAAGGCAUCAGAUCUAAUGCCACUACCGACUCUAUGCAAUACUGGUACCGCACAUCUCCCGCUGCAGCUGGUUUAACCGGAGGUGUACUGGGUAACAAUCCAAAUCAAGGACAGGUAGAAUACAGUCCCAAUACUCUCUGUGAAGACAAAGUAUUCUUCACAGCAUUAUUGCAAUCAGCUGCCGAUGUGCACGUGCAGAUUGGCGAAUCACCAGUGACGAGUUAUCCUGGAAAAGCUGGCUUGAACACUUGGAGCCAUGGGUUUUCAGGACAGACUGGCAAUGUGACCUUCUCUAUUGUCCGAAAUUCGCAAACGGUCAAAUCUGAGAGUGGAACUGAGAUUACGGCGGAGAGUUCUGUGAUUGGCGGUCUCACCAACUUCAAUGUUUGGGUAGGAGGUUUCUAGGGUUCUAGUUGCAGGUGUUGAUGAGUAGUGACAUCUUCGAUUUCAACGUGCUUUCAAACUUCAAAGCCACCAGCGCCGCAAGUGGCUCACGAUUGAUUGCACCCGGUACCUUUUCCAUUUCCUACAACCACCAUUUUUUACGGCGCAUUACGACGAUUUUCUUUUAAGGAUUAGGAUAGAUGGGAUGAAACUAGAUGGCUUGGUCUCAUGGCAGGGGAUGGAUUUCUUUUCUUGACGCUCUUUUAGCAUUUUAAUUCGAUUCGUUCUGUCUAACGACAGCUGGGAUGGCAGAGCCUCUCCCUUUUUAUCUAUAUACCCAAUGUUUAGAUAUCCAGCAUUGUGUACACACAUACACUUCGGGGCAUGGGUUACGGGAUAUAGACAGACUAUGAUUUAUGAAGGAUUUUUUGUUUUAUAUGUAUUAUGUUACCAUCACUUUCUUUGCAUAUUAGAUUAUUAGUAUGUCAUCUAGACAUACCAUUCACUUGGCAAUGAAUUUCACAUCAGA